UUCCGUAAAGCGUAGUGGAAACUGAAAGUCAAAUUUAAGAUUACGGAAUGUCCAUAAUUACACUCGCAUCAUUGACACGUAUAAAAAAUUCUAGUUCCGUCGAUACGAAGAAUGAACUAUGACGUACACACCUCGUAACGUGUUCUGCGCAAGAUUCAAGAACUACCCGCGGAUUGACGACGGAUAAGGACAGGGGAACUGAUAUCUCUAAAGAGGCGACGAUGGAUUAUCAGUAGGAACAGAAGAAUGAUCUGAACCCAAUAUAAAAUAUACCCUAUUGUAAACAGCAUAAUAACUCGUUAAUCAGUAUCUCGGUUUUACUUUCCCAAGUUGCGUCAUCGUUAUUUCGCGAGUUAAUACAAAAGACAAAAUCCGCGUAUCGAGCAAACGUCCCAUCGAACGAGAAGAUUAUGCGUGACGAGGUUGUUUAUGCGUAUACUCGAAUACAGACUUUUUUCCAUCGAAAAAUCCCGAUUGGAUAGGUGCUGAUAUACGAUGAGCGAUAGGGAUGACGACGGCGACGGUCGGGGCGACGGUCGGGGCGACGGUCGGAGCGACGGCAUCAGCGACGACGACAGCGACGAGUGAGAGCGAGCAAACCUCCACAAACUUCAAUGUGUGUGACAUCACGCUUCAUUGUUGGAGGUUUACGUCAUUCUCGAGUCUGGCUUGAGUUGGUGCGCGCGAUCUAAAGUAGCCUACAGAGACGCGUGCGGAUCAGUGGCGGGAAGUGACAGAGAGACGAGAGUGGCGAAAAACACGCGAAUCACCGCUCGCGGCUGCGCAAAACGCGUUGGGCAUGUCGUUUCACGUCGAUGCGAAUUACUAUUGUUUUCCUGAUCACGGAUCUCGGCUUUAACAUGAAAUACAUCCGGCGAAAAUCGAGCACCCACGGGGAAUCGAUAAAAAAUUAGCGUUAAGAGAGAAAAGGAGGAACGGCAACGCAUCGACGGAGGAAAGAGAGUGGUGGUGGCCAACCGUAAGGUACACGAGGAAGAGAGAGGAGAGAGGCGCGCGGUCGAGCGAGGAGGAGAGCGUGCAGGAGGCAGACAAGGAGAAGGAUACGAAGCGCGACGUUUAACGGUGGCAGCGCUGAUUUGUGAUUUCAUCGGUGGUUACCGAUUUCGAGGGAACAAACUCGAUGUGGAUCGGGCACGGUACGCGGCCGGGCACACGCACACGCUUUCGAACGAAAGGGUACGUUUCGCGCGCGGUUAGGACGCGCGCGGUGUCACUGGUGUGUCGGGGAGGGUUCUCACGAAUAUGUAAUUUAUUUGUGAUCCGUACGUAACAGUGGCUCUUCGACGACGCGUUCUUACAUUUUAAAUAUAACGGUGUAUAAAUAAGUAUGAGCAAUAGCGGGAGUGCACCGACAACAGAGUACUCGCCGUUCAUUUUUCCAAAGAAUUUGCGUUCCGUCGACGCGUUUUCUCGUCACCGCUGAAACUGUUUGUACGAAUGCACGUCAGAUGCGGCCAGAUUCGAUGGUUUCGUCGUCAAACUUUACCACAUAUGUUUUUCAUGCGUGGGCAUGCAGCACCGAACUAUCGUCAAGGUUAGUGUGUCUGACAGGCUCUCUGCAUCACUACGCGGUCUUACACUCGUUUUCAGUGGGUAGCACCGACCAGUUGGCGAUAGGAAAGUUCAAAAUUGUCCCCUGCUGGACAAUUAAGGAUAGGUAUAUUGGAUCAGAAUAAGCUUCUUCUAUCGUUUAUACCUCUCUGAACAAUGAGGCUUCUUCGUACACACAUGGAAGAACACGCGAACGAAUGUCAACAAAUUUUAUGGAUAAAACUUGCACGUAAUGCUGUUGCUUGUAAAUUGGAUGCAAACCUGCGAAGAAUGCCAAGUUACUGAAGAUUGCACCUUCAUUGGUUCUGAUAUUUAUAUAAUGCUCCAAGAAUUUUACAUGUUGAUUGAACUGGCACGCUUGUGCAAGAAAGGAACAACCGUUCCUAUGAGCGCUUCUCGUCCGUUAAACUGUGAUGGGAAAGAUAAUAACAAGAAGAACGGUUCCAAGAGAAUGGCAUAUGAGGUAUUUCUGGGUGGAUCCUGUAAUCCAACUACAUGGAGAUCAGAAAUAGCGAUACCGACUCUACAGAGCCUCGGCAUUACUUAUUACAACCCCCAAGUGUCGCAAUGGGGACCAGAACUGAUAGCUCAAGAGUACGAAGCGAAACAGACGGCGAAAGUAUUACUCUUCGUAAUAGAUAAUCAAACGCGCAACAGCGCGGGCAUCAUUGAAGCAGCACAGUUAGCAGCUACUCGUCGCGAGUCUUUAAUCCUCGUCAUUUAUCCAUACCGUCAGGGUCAAACGAUACUCGGCGAGCCUAUAUCCAUUCAGGAAUUUUACGACUUGAUGAAUGGUCUGUUGGUACUACAGUACCUUAUGGAGAGACAAAGGAUACCGAUAUUCGAGAGCGUGUCGGUCGCUCUUAAUUGUACGUCCAAGGUUCUACGCGAAGAGAUGAAAGUACAAGAUCUGCAUUCCGAAGAUAGUAGCAGACCAAUCAAAAUUUCACUCAGCCAAAAUGGAAUGGACUCCGUUAUGCUCAGAGACAUUUUCAAAUCCAUGGAUGUUAACGACAGCGGUAGUGUUAAUUUAGCCGAAGCUUGGCUGGCGUUACAGUCAAAUGUCAAAUGCAACAUGUCAGUUUCGGACCUGCUGAAUGUGGUAAAUAAGUCGGAAACGUACAGGACGUUGAUAGACGACGGGUUUCCAUUGAAGAAAGAUCCAAGGGAAUUACGGAUAAAUUUCGAUCAGUUCUGCGCCCUAGCUGCGGAAACGGCGUGGAGGACGAAGAGCAACGGCGUUUCUUGUGAAAGUGAGAUAUCUUCAGUUUGGAGUAUAAUAUGUAGGAAGGCCUCGAAAUUUCUUCGCAGGGCUAUCGUACAACCUUUUAGCCGCUUCCUAGAUUGGACCCAUUCAAUUGUGCCGGAAACUGAGAAAAGAGACUUGUACAUCGGUGUGAUCGGCGAAGACCAGCUUUGGUUGGAAACGGCCGCAACAUCCAUCAUCGAGUCCAUGGGAUUGUCUUUUUACCGGUCGAGCGUGAACGAGUACAACGCGAAGGUGUUGCCACAAGAAUUACAAAGAAUGAAAAAUUCCCGAUUAAUAUUACUCGUCGUGCCGCAGCACUCUCGUGGCAUCAGUAUAAUGGCAUUGGCAGCUCAUCUAAUUGGACUGCGUGCGAAACUGGUUUUAUGCGUUCAGACGCUUCCCGAAGGUUGUGUAGUUUCCGGUGAAAAGCUAACCGAACAAGCCACAAAAGACUACAACCGGGGAAGAAUGUACCUGUCAGACUACGCGACGCGCGAAGGUGUACCUGUCUUUCAGAAAAUUGCAGAAGCUCUGCAACACGCGAUACAGCUAGUUCAAACCGUUCGUUGACUAUCUUUUUUCCCUUUCCCCUCUUUAUCUUCUCUACUCCCCUCCGCCCACCCUUCCUUCCCGUCUCCCCGUCGUACUCCUAUUUUUUCUUAUUCUUCUUUUUCAUCUUCGACUUUUUUCUAUCUCUUUGUCAUAAGUGUAAGCUUUGCGAUUCAUCGAUUAAUUUAUUUUUACACUUAGUAACGUUCAACUACCGAUCGAGAUCCGGAAGAGAAAGAAAAGCGUCGGCCUUGUUACUCAGAUAUCAGGUAAAAUGUGACAACCUCCAGGGACUAGUUGCGAUAUAUACUCACACAUACGCGCGCGUAUGUAUACGCUAAUCGAAAGGUUAGAUAGAAAUUGCGUCUAAUUUUUGCUCGCAAUUUGCUCGUCCGUUCGGUGAAGCUGGAAAGCUUUUAUUGGGUCGCGUACGACUUUUUUUUGAAAAUUCUAGUACAAUGUCUCACGGUAAUUGAACACAUUUUUUUAUAGCGAUUGAACUUGGUAAUUUUGUAACCUUUUGGUAACUACUACUGGUUGAGGAUUGAUACACAUGUAUUGUACAUAGAUUACUAGUUGUUUUUAACGAUCUAAUGAUAAAUAAUUUGAAAUUUGGUAAACAAAAAAAAAAGAAUGUAAUUUGGGUAUGCGUGCAAGAUAUUUUGUCGCAUUGAGAGUGCAUGUCGGUGUAUGCGUGCGUUCGUGCGUUCGUGCGUUCGUGCGCGCGUGCGUGAAUGUCUGCCUGCUCGCCUGCCUGCCUGCCUGUCUGCCUGCCUGCUUGCUCGCGCGAAUGUGUACAGAGAGACGAGACAUACGUGUACCUGUACGAACAAACAUCUUAUUUAGCGCUAACCAAUGGUGUUGUAC